AUGGAUUCGUCUUCACAGGGUGAAAGUCAUGCAGGAUCUACUGAGGCUACCGAUUGCAUGUUUCUUGAACUGGAUAGAGUUCGUAAGAUGCAAGCAGAGCUUUCACUCACACAUCUUGCACAAGCCAGACAGUUUCCUACAUCUCUUGGAGAAGAUGAUAAAGAUGAGGAUGCAAUGCAGACCUAUAAGCGAAACAAUGAGUAUGUGAAUGACAAGGAAGACAAGGUGAAGAUUCUAGUUGAAAGACUGAAUGAGCUUACAAGUAUCAUUGACAAGUCUGCAGUUGCCAAUAUGCCCGCUCCAAGCAAACCUUCAAAUGGAACCAAUACGUAG